AUGAACGACGAUUUGACUGGUGUUUUCAAGGUAACCAAUUUGGUUGUUGCUGGGCUAUGUGUGGUCGGGGGACUUUCGCAGUUGUUCUAUAGUUUCCAUGCGUUUGUUUGUGGGUUGUACAUUAUUGUGUUUGGUGGGGUCAUUGGGGCGUUAGAGUUUACUGUUCCUGCAGAAGCCUAUGCCUAUGCGUCGUUUUUGUUUUCGUUUAUUGGCAGAGGGAUUUUCUACACGUUUCUUGGUGUUAGUUUGAGUGGCGGGUCAUUCUUUAGAGUGUUUGCAGGGUUGGUGGUGUUUGGCAUUGGGUUGGCGUAUGUGGUUUUAGAGACUGUGCCAAGUAUUUCGCCACCAGAUAAUAUGAACCCGGACGGGGCGGUAGUUGGGUUAGACGAUGAGGUGUAG